AUGAUAUAUGUUCAACAAACUGGUGGAAUACAAUCUAAAUUACCGAAAACAAUCAAAGGUGGUAGUGGUACUCGUCCAUGGAGAUCUUACUUUACAGUUCAUGAUUCAUUGAAUGCUUCUUUUGAAACAUUAGUACAAAUUUUACGUGGAAGAAACGAACAACAUCGGAUAUUUCCGAUUAAUACAGUGUUGUUGGCCGAUAUUGUUGAUCUCAUGAGAAAAUUUGCAUUAAUAUUUGAUCAUUUGGAAUUUUCGAAUCAUUCAACGCUACAAAACAUUGUUCCUAGUUAUUAUAAAAUGGCUCAUUAUUACGAUAAAUAUUGGCCUUCAAUAACAACAUUGCAUUGGAUCGCAACAUACUUUGAACCCACAUUCAAACAUCUGGCAUUUAUUGAUGACAAAAAAGAUUCUGAAAUGCGUAAAAAUGAGAUACGAAAAGGAUUACAUGUCUUGGUCAAUGAUACAUUAAAAAUGAAUGAUGAUGAUCCAAAAGUAUUAACAUCAUUAUCUUCAUUUGUCGUUAAUUCACCACCAAGCAAAAGACGUAAAGACGAUCCUUUUGCAAAUCAAAAAAAUCAAAUCAAAUUUAUUUCAUGUCCUGGAUGUUAA